AUGUUUUUACUAUUGUUUCAGAUAUUGUUGGUUUCAUGGCUUGGAAAAGCAGAGCAAAGAGAAGAAAUGCAACAGAAAAACUCCCUACAUAUGCUCACUAAGUAUUUAGGGGGAUUUGAAAGAAUUGUGAGGAAACCUGAGGGGCCAGUGGUAUCAUUGGCAGAAAUGAAAAUCAAACAACAAGACUUGCCACAAGGACCUCAUUUUAUUUCCCCAGAUACAGUUAAGCAAGAAGUGGCUGAUGAUUUGGGAGGCUGGGCUUCUGCAAACAUAACCCCAUCCUCUGUGUAUCCAAAACAUCCACCUUCUCACCCACAGACUAAGAGAGACGCAGCAGCAGCCUUCAGAAAAGAUGCCAAAAAAUUCUGGGACCUUUUUAAAUUGAAGACCAAGUCAAGAUCUGAAGAGGUGAUCCUUCCAAUCAAGAUAAGUGAGAUUUACCAGGAGGUUUGCAACAUGCUUCCUUUCUCUCAGAGCGUUACACAUGAAAAUUGUGACAAAGUGGUGAUACAAAACAACCUGUGCUUUGGGAAAUGCAGUUCUUUCCACGUUCCUGGUGCUGAUGAUCGCAUUUAUAGCUUUUGUUCCCACUGCUUGCCCACCAAAUUCUCCAUGAAGCAACUGAAGAUGAACUGCACCAUGGUUAACCCGGUAACCAAGAGGGUUAUGAUCAUUGAAGAAUGCAGGUGUGAAGUUCAGAAUACAGAAGAAAUGGAAGCAGGGUUUCUACACCCAGCCCUGCAUUCGAAUGAGCCUUAGCACAUAUGAACCAUCUGAAAUAACUUGACUUUCAAUUGAAUCUAUACUUGCUCAG